CUCGACAUAUCAAGAAACCGACAUAUUGAAAUCCGUCUUAUUAUUAACGACAUCUUCUUUCAAACUGAUCACACAAUUUACAAGCUCAUCAGUUCGCUUUUGUUGUCUGAGGAAUUGGCUAAACCUAGUAUGGAGUCUAAUUAUGACAUUCGAACACUCAUAUUUCGUACUUUCAUGGUUGUGGCUUAUGUUUGCUUUGGUAGUGGAAUAUUCUAUCUCUUAGAACGAGAUGAACCCUUGAGGGAGGCUGCCAAAUUUGAAGAAUACUACAAUAAAACGAUGUCGAGCAUUUUAGGCCGUAGUAUCACGAACAGCACUGAAAUGCAGAUCAUAAUGGCAGAAAUUCGGAGAACAUUUCUGCAAGAAAGCUAUCCGAUAGAGUGGGAUUUCCUUGGCGGAGUAAAUAUCACAGUUCACGCUAUCACUACAAUAGGUUUGUGUGUGAUUUCAACAUAUCUUUAGACUUCACUCUCUGAUAUGAUAUCUCAGUUCAUGAGAUAGAAUCAGUAGUUAUUCACAUGUCAGUACUAGUAUAGUGUAGAUUUCAAUAACUAUUAAUGGUGUCGAUUGUCGUUAAUAGUCUGGGAAAGACUCCAUACGCGUUAAAGAUGAUAUUAAGUCAGGUUUCCACUUCAAUCGUAGCGUAUUUUUUUUGUUUCUUGAGCGGUAUAGUGUGGAACUAAUGGCUUCGACACAAAAGAAAAUGCUACGCCUACGGUACUUACGUUACGAUACGGUUGAAGUGGAAAACAUGCAGGCUUUAUUAAAAACGUUUAUGUAUUUAUUUAUUUUUUCAACCACAAGGUUAAGGAAUAAAACUUGUAAACUAGUUGUGUUUGUGUUUGUUUUUGCUCUAGUUUAGUGUCAUGAUGACACAAACUAUAGUAGAGCAAAAACAAAAACAAACACUGUCCUGCCGUAUGCUAACAGAUGUCAGAGUGUUGAUGAUAGUUUGAUGACAGCAACCCAAGAACCCAAUCAAUUUAAAAUAGAGUUCUAGUCUUAAUUUGUUUUUAAAGGUUAGGCUCUUUUACUGCAACUUUUAUGUGAUAGGCCGGCGCAUAUAGUUAAAUUAAGAAGGUAAUGACUAAUUAUAUACUGCAAUUAUAGUCUGUAUUGUCUGUCGAAUUGGCGGAAUUGCCCCAAUCGGCUUAUAGUUAUAUACAUAAUUUAUGUGUUGCUAGUGCUUCGUUCAUAAUCAGUAUAUCGUACGGAAUCUUCAGAAAUUUUGGGAUUAUAAAUUUAUAAUAUAAAAACAGAUGAUCGAUCAUUAUAAACAACAUUUGCAAUUCAAAUCACCAAAAACCAGUUUCGGCUUACCGGGAGAUACAUGAACAGAUGUCCGUGAUGUUUACAUUUUGUACCGCAAAAAACGUCCUCAGGCUCAGACAUGAAAUUUUCAACAUGAGCUCCUCCUUUGAAUUUACUAUAUGAGUAAAUUCUUAAACACGUCCGAAUUUAUCAUUCUGAUAAAAUCGCGGCACAUUUUGAAUUUAUCAAUCAUAAAACCACAAACAUUAGACAAGACUUUUUGUUAUAAAUGUAAUGGCACUAAAAGGUAGGCUGGUCGCGCGGGGGUGGGGAGAUUUUCAAGAUUUUCAAAAGAAAAGUUUAAAAAAGUUUUAAAAAGAAAAGAAAAGUUUAAAAAGUUAGAUUUUCAAAAAGUUAAAAAAGUUAGAUUAGGGUUAGGAUUAGUGGUUAGUGUUAGGGGUUAUAUAGAUGCCGCGAAUUUAUCGUUAUGAUAAAUUCAAAAUGUGCCGCGAAUUUAUCAUAAUGAUAAAUUCGGACGUGUUUAAGAAUUUACUCAUAUAGUAAAUUCAAAGGUGGAACUCAUGCUGGAAAUUUUCGAGGAAAUUUUUGUCUCCAAUUUUUAUGCAUCACUUGAAAGUACCUUGAAAAUGAUGAAGAAUGGCCUUAACAAUUUAGUCACAGUUCACCUCAUUCCUAUCUCAUUCCCAAGUUAUCGGAUAUUUUGUAUUUUUGUGUUAUAUGACAUCACUAGAUGCCAGCCAAAAGAAGAACAUCUGAUAUCUCAGAAGUGAUUCAACGAAAUUAAAUGAAAUUUGUGCCCACACAGUUAGUAAGUUGUAAAGAAUAUUCAGUUGCAUGCAGACUUGCAGACGAGAAUUUCUCGAAAUAAAUUUGGUUGCUAGAGAGUAGAGGUAAAAUUAUUUUCUCAAAACAAAGAAAUGGCGAGAAGGUCGAUAAACAGUACGUUUUAAAGUUUUCCGAUAAGGGACUGGUCAUAAAGUAACUGCUAGGGUGGGCUGGAGGUAAAUCACAAAUUUUGCCAAUAAGUUUGGUGACCCAUCUUAGGAAGUAGAUAAAAAUUUCAAAGCCCAUCUAAUCUUACCAAAUUUACUAUUUCAUGACCCACCCACCCAAUCCAAAUUGGGAAAUACACUUUUAUAAUAAAAAAAACUUGCAGGUAUGAACAUUGUAAAUAUACACUGGCACUGUAUUGACAUACAUAAUUCCACCAAGCUUGACCAACACAUUCAUCACCAAUUACGACACUGAGUUGCUCUCCUGUUGGUUGUAUUUGCAGUGAUUCGACCACUUCUUGUUUUGCAUAAAACAAAGUACUGGCUUCAAUAGCAUCAUUUGCAUUUGAUAAUUUGGAUAAUUUUGUUUACUUUUAUUAUUAAUAUCUUUAGUAUAUAAUAUACAAUUAACAUAGGUUUUUGUUUGGUGGCCCAACCGUGGACAUACAAAAAAAUUGUUGGCCCAACGAAACUGCCCAAAAAUUUUCCAUGGCCCAUCCCAAAUCACUCCAGCCCACCCUAGCAAUUACUUUAUGACCGGUCCCUAAAAACCUUACGCGCUGACAAGUCCACGAAGGACGAAACCCCCCGUGAGGAUAUCUGAAUUACACACACAUGAAUAUUUCCUUCUCUUCUUUAGUAUAUUUCUACGUGCCUCCAUACAGGUUUAUUUAGUACAGUAUGGCCAUUCCAGACCGGAAGGGUCUUCGCUCAAACGUCGAAAUUCUCCUUAUAUUUUUCGGGUAUAGUUGCAUCCCUACCAACAAAAGCUUGUUCAUCCUCUAAAAUGUCUGGACGCAUUUUGAUAGACCGCACGUUAUGGUUUUUCAAAACACACACUUUCUACGUAUAUCAAGAUUUAAACUUUUACGUUCCGUUUACCUUUUAACUUUUGCCUACACCUUUUCACGCAUUAUUUGGGUUCACAUUUAUACAAGAAUUUUACUUAUUUUUAUCACACAUGGCAUAAAUUUGGUAGAUUGCAAUUGUGACAAAAACACGAGGCCAUUCAAUAUUUCACACUACAGAUUUCACGUUUCCACAUCGGCUAAAUAUUAAGGACUGUUGUUGCAUAAAUCAGUGACACCACUCACCAGUAUAAUGGUUCUCAUUAUACCUAUAUGAAAACUUAACAAUUUUAUAGUACGUACUUAUCUAUUAAAACUACGUUGUGUAGUUUACGUUUUAACCUUUCUUGAACUUGUCUCGUUUAUAUUCAGUACUAUAUGAUUCACGGUUUCACGGGAAUUCAUCGAUCCAAAGUUUCGGAUCAGUUUCAGAGUCGUGCGCAAAGAAAAAAGCAUCAAUUAAGAAAGUCCAGAGUUCGACACAAUGCAAAAUCCAUAGAAGACGGGUACAAUUCGUUGAAAAUGUUAACGAAAUUGUUUGAAACAUUUUGCCCACUCCACAAAUGGCCGCAAUUUUGAAAACUAAGCCUGCGGUACCUCGAUGGUAUAUGCCAAAAACCCGACAAUGGACAAUGACAGCCAGCCCCCAUUUUAUAAAACUGGUCCUAUCGGCCAGUGUAAUAAGAAGAGAGACUUGCUAACUAGUGUGUUGCUAUGACAAUCACGUAAACGUUCCAAAAUGUUUGCUUAGGUGCACUUACUAUAACUGUGCCAAAUUUCAUUAAAUUUCGUUGAAUCACUUCCAAGAUAUUAGACUUUCUUCUUUCUGCUGCCAUCUUAGGCCGCGUUUACACUAUGACGCUGCGGCAAAUUUACCCUAGCGUAUAGUGAUUUGCAUCCACAGUGCCAAACGUGGUGAUUCCAGCAAAUCGUAUCCCAGGGUACCUGCGGUAUUGGGAGUUUAAGCUUCACGUUUCCGGGAACGGCAAACGGCAGGUUGGAACUUUCUUGGCAAAAUUUUCGUUGAACGUUUUCGUUUCAUAUUUCCUUUCUUGCGUCGAAAGAAUAAUUUUGUAUUUCAGUUUUAAAACAGCAAGUUUAUUUACUCUUUAUUGCCUGAUACCGUAAAAUUUUUCUUUGCCUGGCGUUUGCCGUUUCAGUAUAACGCGAAGCUUAAACUCUCUAGUAAUACGCUACGGCAAACGCCGUAGCGUAUUACUAUUAUACGCCGUUGCAUUCAGAGUGGCAAAUGUAGUCAGGGUCCGUAGUUAGUAUGUUACGGCAAACCACUCUGUUAUAGUGUAAACACGAUGUAGUCUCAAUCCUAGAAACGUAGUAAAAACAGAAUGUUAGCCAUACAACCAGUGACGUCAUAACACAAAAAUACCCGAUAACUUGGGAAUGAGAUGAGCUGUGAAUAAAUUCUUUACAUUUUCAAGAUACUUUUAAGUGAUGCAAAAAAAUUAGGGACAAAAAUUUCAUGUCAUGUGCACUUUAAAUCGUUGUGUACGUACAUAAUGUAUUAUAGGAUAAAUGUGCAUAUAGGCGUACGAGUUUGGAAAACCAGGGAAAUUCGGGCUAAUGCUACGAAAAAUCAAGAAAAUUCGGGCAGAUUUAUCAGACCAUAGGUUAAAUUCAGGUAAUUUCAUUACAAUCCUACAUAAAAAUUCGGGCAAACUUUCAACUGGCCCCCCGGAAAGCAUCAGCCCCGUACGCCUAUGUAAAUGUGAGGUCGUAACAUUGUGGACGAAAAUAGAAAAUCAGCAUUCAGCAAUAUAUCCGAGAGUUCAUUGUGCAACGAUUGUCAUGAUGUAAAUACUUCUGAGGUAUAUUAUUAUUCGCUCCAUUUCUGCAAGACCAAGACAAGACAAGACAAGGCAAGGCAAGGCAAGGCAAGACAAGACAAGACAAGACAAGACAAGACAAGAUUUAUUUGCUCCUUUCAAAUUACAAUUAUAUAUACACAAAGAAAUUAUUUAUAUUUGUUAGCAUUAUUAUUAUUAGUAAAAUAUAUUUUGUGUUCUGUGACUAAUUGUUUUCUAAUUUUUGAGAAGAUUUGAAAGAGAGCUGGCUCCCUGAAAUAACCACAGGGCUAUAUAAAUAUCAGGGAACCAUGCAAAUAAAGGACGACUAAAAAUAUGAAAAUUGACAAUAUAGUUCUAUAUCAAAUAAAUCUUAAAAGAUCGAGAAAGGAGUCCUGACUCCUGAUAACGUAUAGAAAAAGUUGGAAACUGAAUCAAUACUUUGCAAGAAAAUCGAUUCUAAGUUUAUAUUUAAUUUGAGAAAUCAGCAAGUCUUUAUAUGAUCGUGUAAAGAAUUCCAUAUUUUAGCGCCUUGAUAUCUGAUAUUGAAAAUUCCGAAAUUUGUUCUUGCUUUUGGUAGUAUAUAUGUUAGUUUAGAAGCAAGCCUAGUAUUUUGAAAAAGAAACAUUGCACACAGGAGUAAAGAAAUUGUUGAACGUUGGUGGCAACAAGUUGUUAUGAUAUUUGUACAUGAAAAGAACCACGUGUAGAUUUACAAGAUCAGUCAACUUAAUGAUAUUCAACUGUUUGAAAAGUGAACUAGAGUGGGCAUCAAAUUUAGAGAAUGUUAUAAUACGCACAACCUUUUUUUGGAGUAUAAUUAAAGGUUUGACUGUUGAGGAAAUAAACGUUACCCCAUAUAUGAUUAAACCAUGCAUAUGUGAUAAAAGGGUAAAUUAAAGCAUAAUAUAAAUUAACCAGAAUGUACGUUGCUAUCUGCAUAAUAUCUAAGUUUAGACAAAAUUCCUAUACUUCUUUUAAUCCUUUUUGAAAUAAACGUAAUUUGUUUUUUCCAAGUUAAAUGAGAAUCGAAAAAAAUACCAAGAUACUUUAUGUGAUCUACUUGUUUAAUGUCUUUAUUUCUUACCGAAAAUGUUAUGUCUGUUAGUAUAUUUUUUUGGUAAGGAUGAAAUAUAAGAAUAUGCACAUGUUUACAAUGUCCUAACACUGGUAACUAGUCGCAUGUCCUCGGCAGGAAAAAUGGGUUAAUUUCGAAUCAAUAUGGGUUAAUUUCGAAUCAAGUGUUUCCACAAUAUCUGUCAUUCAUGAUCAUUUGUCGUUUUGAGUUUUUAUGACAUUCAUAUACCACAAUCAUCUGCAAUGAUAUAACAGUAUGAUAAUAUAAAAAACUGACAUACAAGGACAAGGUCAUUAUGUCUCUUUCUUUUGUCACUUUCUCUUCAGAAUCUGUCUCUCGGACUCGUACGCACAAACCAACAAAAAAUACGUAUACAGUAGUUACACCUAUAACCUUUCCAGAACGUCUCUCUUUAUAGGGACUCUUUUUUUUUCUCCUAUAGUUACCCUUCAAUUGUACUUCUAUUUCCUCUUUCAAACACAUUUUUAUGUUCACUAUUUUUCCAAACUUGAAUCAAUCUUUGAUGUAAAUCGAAUGCGUAGGAACUAUAUAGGAAGACAAGUUGUUGUUCUUGAGGAUUCAAUCGUUCAUGUACGUUUCAUGUUAGUAUUUGUUCAAAUGUAUCAGUAUAUUAAAUGAUUCAUAGUGUGUUUGUGUAUUUAGGCAUAGUGACUAAAUGAUUGUGUGAUUAGGCAUCUUGUUCGAUAGAUUAGUUUUUCAUAGAUGGAAUUUUCGAAUCUACAUAUUUGUAUCUAACCAGGAGCAGUUGCGAAAAUUGCAAUUAUAUAGGCCUUCUGGCAGGAAUCGAACCUGCAGCUCUAUGAUUCCGAUUCUCUAAUAACCAACUGAGCUACAGACUGUGGGAACGAUGAAUCGUAGGUUAAUAAUGUUCAGCAACUGGACUCAGUUGGUUAGAGCAACUGGACUCAGUUGUCAGAAGAUCUUGAGACGGUACAAAAGCGAGCACUGAAGAUCAUUUUACCCGCGAACUCAUAUAGCGAAACUUUAGAAUAUUUCAAUCUUCAAACUUUGUUCCAAAGACGCGAAGAAAUGUGUAACAAACUUUUUACAAAUAUUACUAACAAUCCGACACACAAACUGCAUAAUUUACUGCCUCCCAAACAUGAGUCGGUUUACCAACUUAGGAACAAUAGACUGUUUGAACGAUUCGAAACUACAGUAAUACAGAAAGAUUUUAAAAAACUUUUAUUCCUAUGUCUAGUAACUUAAGUUGAUGUAAUUUUUAGUACUAAGCGUUUUAAUGACCAUUUGUAAAUAUGCCUAAUUAACCCAUAUUCUAUCUUUUAAAUAAUGUUUUGUAUACUUUUGUAAAUCACGCAAUUCAGCUGUCCAGCUGCAAGGUGAAUUUUAAAUACACUAUCUAUCUAUCUAUCUAGAGCGCUGCACCGGAAACGCACAGCGAAUCGCAGGGCCGCGGGUUCUAUUUCUACCAGAGAGCCUAUAUAUAUACUAUAGUUCUCGCAACUGCUGCUGGUUUGGUCUAAAAGUGUAUAGAAACUAAUUACGUUCAAAAAUCCCAUCUGCGAAAAACCCAUCAACUAGUAUUAGUGUAUUUGUUUGGUUGAUCUUAUUAAAUAUGGAAUACCUGUCGUGUUGACUAUAACUUCGACCUUACGAUAUUUGCCUCCAUUUGUAUUGAAUUCUUCGAGUAAAUAAAAUAUGUAAAUUUAAAAAAGGUUGCAGUUUUUCAACUGAAACAUUAUGAGGAAAGAACUUCGCUAGCGUCUUAAAAUUAAAGUUACUUUCGGGGCCAAUAUUUAAUUCUUUUGAACAAGGCGUUAUUUUUUCUGACUCUUCCACAGUCCCCCCAAAAUAGCGCAAUGAUUCGUGGGGAUGCUCUAAUAAUUCCUCAAAGUCCAUAUCUAAGAGGAUCGUAAUUCCACACACACAUUACUAAACUAACUGUCGACAUUUAGGAUAGUAAGACCAUUCACAGGUCUGUUGCAUGGUCAUGGUUUUUCUGAAAGUUAAUUCUUGUUUUUAUCCCAUAGGUUAUGGAAACACUGUGCCAAAGACAGUCGCAGGUCGAAUGUUUCUCAUUAUUUAUGCUACGAUAGGGAUCCCACUUAUGGCAAUGAUGUUGACAACACUUGGAGAUAAAGUGAAGCAUGCAAUUAGGUCAUCUUUAAUAUCGUUUGAAAGAAACAUUCUCAAGAGAAGUCGACCUCAAAAUAUCCAAAGGAAGUCGCUGAUUGCAGUAUUUGUUAUAACUGCAAUAUUUCUAUGCUCGGUUUCUGCCAUCAGUGCAAAAGUUGAAAAUUGGGAGUUUUCCCUAGCAUUGUAUGUUUGGUUUGUGACUUUUACGACAAUAGGUUUUGGAGAUUAUGUGCCCCAAGGCUCCGGCAAGAUAGAUCCACUAUAUACUCCCUUAGAAUUAGCGUAUGCAUUGAUCGCAUUUUUUCUGGGUCUGGUAUUAAUAGCAACUAUUCUUCAUACGUUAUCUGACUGGAUCAACAGUAAGAGGCCGCCUACCACAGAUGAUCUUAAACGAUCUCUGGGACGUAUGACUGGCUCACUUUCGACACACAAGGAAGAACCGUCGACAAACAUCGCCGAGACAUAGAGAACGAGAAUAGCCUGGAGUGAGAAUCAUCUUUUCUCAAGUCCAACCAAACGUAUCCAACCGUAUCAUAUCGCCAGACCCAGAAGAUUCUUUGUGAUACUGAUUCACAAGUGACAUUGAUUCACAAAAGAAAACGCUGUGGUAUGACUUGAUAACUAGCUGAUCUGACCGUGAAGAAAAGGCGUGGAACUAGCAGCAGAAUAGAAAUCCAUUUUGCUUUAUUUAUAUAAUCACUAGUAUAUUUCGUUAUCUUUUAUCAAACUAGUUUAAGCAUAAUUACAAAGUUUAAUUAAUAAUUAAACUUUGUAAUUAUGCUUAGUAGUGGGAAAUAUAAGUCUAUUUUAAGUUUGGAAGCAAAGUAUGAUAUAUUUCACGAGAUAUUAAGUAGUUUUAAUAGAAACUAAUGGAUUUCUAUUUUACAACUAGUCCCAGUUCUUUUCUGUGUUUUCAAAUCACCUGGAAGUUAUCACUGUGCUUCAUCGUACUAAGGUGCAGUAGAAAAGAUCCGACCAAUUCACAUGAUUCGGCACCGUCAAAGCUACCCAUGGUGACAUCAAAUAAAUUUGAUGACGAUUUCUUUCCCCAGUGUUAAACCGAGUUGUACAAAGUACAAACACGAUUUAUUAGAGAUCCAGGAUUUGUUUGCUAACUCUUCCAAUUUCAGAUUUGCUCGGUUUGAUAAGGCGGCAAGUCGGGUUGUUUUCAAAAUUAGGUUUGUCAUCUUUCAACGCAUAACAAUUUUUGUGUGUUCCGCGACAAAUAAAUAAUGAAACAAUUAUUGAAUGAGGUCGAGUAGGAUAUGGGGAAUUAUUAAGGCCUCGG